GACACCUGAGGAUGAAUCUGGGGUUUGGAUAUUAUCGACGCGGCCAAGAAGCUGGAUGCGGGAUUGAAUCUUUGCGCCGUGAAGUGUUUUUAAAAGCAACUUGUCGUCUAUGAGCAUCACCUGACUGACAGCAUGGGGAUACAGCUGCUGUUUGCCGCGUUGGGACUGGGGAUCGUCGCUGUGGUGACUGCUGACUGUCCGGUGGUGUGCGAGUGCCCCGCGGUGCCCCCGUCCUGCCCCCCUGGGAUCAGCUCGGUCCCCGACGGUUGCGGCUGCUGCAAGGUGUGCGCGGCGCAACUCAACCAAGACUGCCACGAGGAGCAGCCGUGCGACCACCAUAAAGGACUGGAGUGCAACUACGGCAACGAUGUGGGUCGCACCCAUGGCAUUUGCAGGGCCAAAGCAGAUGGUCGCUCCUGCGAAUACAAUGGCCGAAUUUAUCAAAAUGGCGAAAACUUCCAUGCAGGGUGCAAGCACCAGUGUACCUGCAUUGACGGAGCCGUAGGCUGCAUGUCCCUUUGCCCCAGCCAUGUGCCUCUGGCUUCUCCUUCCUGCCCAGCCCCCAAGUUAGUGAAGGUGCCAGGCCAGUGCUGUCUCAGCAUCGACUGCCAUAAGGGAACCACUGUUGUGCCCCCGGCGCACCGCCAUCCCCCACCUCCUGCUCACCUACCGUUCCCCUUCGUCCCCUACUCGAUCUAUCCGUUCUCCAAGCCUUAUGCGAAACCUUACCGGAAGCUGUAUCCUUACAACCCCAAAAAGGAGAAAGGCGUCUUGGGGAAUGAACUCUUAGAAGUGCGCCGCAAAUGGGACAAACCACAUGGAAAUAAGGACCUGACAGUCUGGAGUAAGACGGGAGGUGAGUGUGUGGUUCAGACCACCUCCUGGUCACAGUGUUCCCGGACCUGUGGGAUGGGGGUUUCCUCUCGCGUUACCAACGACAAUGCCCGGUGUAAACUGGUCAAGGAGACACGCUUGUGCAACAUUCGGCCCUGCAGCUCCAUGUCUAUCCCUGUGAAGAAAGGAAGGAAGUGCUCGCGUACGCACAAGGCCCCAGAGCCGCAUCGCUUGUCCUACGCCGGCUGCAGGAGCACUCGCUUGUACAGGCCCAACUACUGCGGCGUGUGCAGGGACGGCCGCUGCUGCUCCCCUCGCCGCACGCGCACGGCCAGCGUGACCUUCGCCUGCCCCGACGGGGACCUUUUCAGUAGAUCAGUCAUGUUCAUCCAGUCCUGCAAGUGCAGCGACGAGUGCAACCAUCUGAACGAGGCGGCGAUGCCCCCACAACUCUGGCUCUACGGAGACGUUCACAAAUUCAAGGACUAGUUGUUGUUGCCGCCGCCUCGCCUGCAUUCCUGCAUAAAAGUGUAAAUUGCCCACCCAUUAGUGAUACUUUUAAUAGAGCAGCUGUUCCUAGUGUAGCUAUUGAAUAGAUGCAGGCAAUGAUCACAGAUGAGAUUUUUUUUCUUUUCUGGAGGAAAAUUUUCUGCCUUUUCUCGGAAUGUUUCAUGAACUGCGGUACUUCAGCCAAGGAGAAAAGGAGCAAGCGUGGGGACAAACUCUUCAGGAUGACCAUCAUUUCUUGCUACUCUAGAUGUUGCUAACUUAUAGAAAACUGGUUUUAUGUUUGCAAUUGCAAAAGGUUGCGGUUUGUCUCGCAAUGGUAUUUAUUCCUUGAUAUUUAUUCAAGAGACAGACAUGUUGAAACUUUGGCAUGCCACUGGGAUAAGAGACUUUUCUUGGAGCCUCUCUGUGGCUGAAAUCCACGGACGGCUAUCGGUCACAAGCGGGGAGAGGCAGACUGGUCCAUUACGGUCAGAAACCAGCAUCCAAAGGCUGAUGACCAAGAAUGGCAGAGGGAGAAGGGCAAAAAAAAAAAAAAAGACAAGCUAAACCCGAAUGGUUUAGGAUUCGUACACAUUCCGAGGAAAUAUUUCAAAGGUUGUUUAUACAGCUGGACUCAUCUCCUGCCUUUGCCUUCACGAGAAACUGAGACAUUUAGCAAGCACCAGAAGAACAAGCCUGGGAUUCUGGCGUCGAGCAGUCGACCACCUAAUUCUGUGCAAAUUACAAUCUUUGAGGUAAAAAUCAGCCCCUCUCUGGUUUUUCUGCUAUAAAAAUAAAAUCUAAAAGCUGCGUGUGUGAUGAGGUAAACAUGCAAUUUGUGGAACCGCGCUACUGCCUAAUCUGGCCUGUAAUUGAGCGGCACGCAAUGUGACUGAAACAAAACAAGAAGCCGUGUCUUUUCAUGUUAAAGAGGUGUCUGUUUCCUCAAACUGCUGACUUUGCAGUCGAGUCAGAAAUAAGUUUUCCGUUGGGUGCAAAGCCUCGGAACUGUAAGGACUCUCAAAGAGAGGCUGAUUCUAGGUAGGCACUGUGUAUUCUUUGAUUUAUAUACGACUGGGAAACAAAAGCAUCUCCCUUAACUGUCGCUUGGAUUAGUUUGUGCACCUUAUGUCGACUUUUAUACAGUAUCUCAGUGUCAAGUGUGAGUACUCGGCAGACAUGUCCAAGUCAUUCUCUUGUACCACUGCAGGUGUAGUUUUUUUGUUUUUUUUAAAUCCUUGCUAUGUGCCCAUGUAGAUGCUGUGGUUUUGUCAUUUUGACUAGUUCCAAGGGACACUGUAGAGCAGCUAUGUACAGAUGAAUUUGUAACUUCGUAGUUCUACCUGCUGUAUAAGGGCCCGUUAUUCUGUUGAGUUAGUUCAUGUGUGGUUCAAACACUGAACUCUGACCCUGGGUUCAGGUUCCCGAAGAGAACGCCAUACCAAGUUGAGAGCAUUUCAAGAAAAAAAAAAGACUGAAGGUGUACUGCUUUUUAUAUCGUGGAAGGAGCGUUUACCCAAUGAUUGGUUUGGAAGUGAUGACUUUUCAAAAAAAGAUUUUACAAAUAAAGAAACUUUUACCCCUG